AUGAAUCAACAAAAGAGAAUCAAUGAUUUGAUAGAGAUAGGUCGUCAGAGAAAGAAGAAAAGAUUAGAUUUACAACGUAAAAAUUACAAAUAUCAUACUGAUUUAGCAAAGAAUAUUGUUGAAAGUUUCACUACAACAGCUAACCAUUUCAUAGUUGAAGAAGAAAAUGAUGAAUUUAAAUGGAAUGAUUCAAUUAGUACUUUGUACAAUAAUACAAAUGGAACAGGUAGUUCCAUUAUCACAAAUUAUGAUCCAUAUUUACACGGUGAAUAUUUACAAGAUGUAAAUAAUAGUGCAUUUUUUACGUCAAAAGCAAUUGUUCAAGAGCAAGAAUUAACAUCCAGCAAUAGUUCAAAUUAUUUGAAUAGGGAUAACAGUAAAACAUUUGAAAGUUUUACAAUUCAAACUGAAGAUCAUAUGAACAAUUGGUUCAAUCAAAGCAAGUAUUGAUUUAAUUUAAAUUAUCCAUUAUUUUUAUUUUAGAUGAUAACCACAGUAGAUCCAAAUAAAGUAAGCAUUUUUUUACUUUAAAUCAGUUAUUUAUUUUUAUUUUAGACAACAACAACGAUUAAGCCAGACACAAUAAACAUUCAUUUAAUAAAAGAUUUUUUUUUACAUAAUUUGAUGUAUUUAGUGGAUUUAUUGGUUUAUGAAUUAAAAUCAAAAUUAUUUAUUUAUUUCGACCGAUCAUUUAGUCAAUUGAUUGUUUAUACAUUAAGAUUCAAAUUAUUAAUUUACUUAUUUAUUUAUAUCAAUUGGUGUAUUUAGUGGAUUUAUUGGUUAAGUAUUAAAAUUAAAAUUAUUUAUUUAUUUCAAUUGAUGUAGCUAUAUAAAUUUAUUGUUUAUUAAUUAAAACCAAAAUUGUUUAUUUAUUUGAUUUGAUUCGUUUAUGUCACUUUAUUGGUUAUGGAUUAAAAUUAAAUUUAUUUAUUUAAAUUGAUGCAUUUGUCGAAUUUAUUGAUUAUGAAAUAAAAUUAUAAUUAUUUAUUUAUCUAAGUUGAUGCAUUUAUGAGAAUUUAUUGAUUAUGAAUUGAAAUUUUAUUUAUUUAUUUAUUUAUAUUGAUGCAUUUGUGAGAAUUGAUUGAUUAUGAAAUAAAAUUUUAUUUAUUUAUUUAUUUAUUUAUAUUGAUGCAUUUAGUGAAUUUAUUGGUUAUGGUAUGAAAUUAUAAUUAUUUAUUUAUUGAUAUUGAUGCAUUUAUGAGAAUGUAUUGAUUAUGGAUUAAAAUUAAAAUUACUUAUUUGAUUUAAUGGAUUUAUUGAAUUUGAUGGUUAUAAAUUAAAAUUAAAAUUAUUUAUUUACUUAAUUUGAUACAUUUAGUCAAGAUAAUUUUAAUUCAUCAAUAUUAUAUUGACUAAAUCUAUCAAAUUAAGUAAAUAAAUAAUUGUGAUUUGUUGCAUUUAUGUGUGCUUAAGAUAAAACACUGCCUGAGAAAGGAAGGUAUAGAACCCGAAGGGAAGAAAAUGAGGUAUAUAACGUUGUCGGAAGCUCUAAAGGAUCUUGUAUGAAUCUUAUAAGAUCGUACAAGGACUGACAUUAAGAUCGUACAAGAAUCGUACAGUACGAUUUCAUCUGAAAUGGUGGCUUUGAGGUAAUCGUACAAAAUCGUACAAGAUCAUAUACGAUUUUCAUACGAUCUUGUAUGAACGUACAAGAUCGGCGUACGAUCUUAUACGACUCUUACAAGAUCAUAUAAGAUCGUACAAUCGGAUUCUUUCACCUGGGAAGUGUUUGAAAGUGAAAAUUUUAGAAAUGAACGAGAGUUUUUUGUUUUUUUGAGUUAAAUAAAGAAAUAUUUUUAGUUUUUUUAAAUUUUUAUUGUUUUAUAAUAAAUAAUACGAUACGUGAUACAAAUAAUUGUUUGAGAAGCGACUCGUUUCGAAUUCUCUUCAGGCUAUGAAUGAAUGACUAUCUAUUUCUCUUUCCUUUCCAUUUAUACUACUCUCGUCCAAUAGGAAUUUUUCUUCUUAAUGGAGGCCACUAUUCUCAUUGGAGGGGGAUAGAUGUCGUUCUUUUCUUUCCAUUUCUAUCUUUUUCUCAGUAUUUUUUCAGUAUAUUCUAACUCGUAGGGGCAAUCUCGAUAGUGUUGGUGCCAAGGAGGGACUAAGCUCAAAAUAUCCCUUUCACAUGAAAAAGGUUCACACAAUUAUAAAAUUAUAAAAAUACAGAAAACAACAAAAAAACAAAGAACGAAGUGAAGAACUGAAAACAAUAUAGGGUCAGGUCCUUCGUUGUUGUCGUCGAUAUUAUUGACGACUCUAUAAUAGAAAAUGAAAAAAAAGGGGGAGGGGGAUCCGUACUACCUUAUUCUAUUCUUGUUCUAAUUCUUCUACCAGUGCCUUAACUGCCGUCUUAGGUGGUUUCUUGUAAACUAGUAUCUUUUUUAAGUUAUCCGUUAAUCUAUGGGCAAAAAUAACUGGGAUAUCACUUAGUGGGGUAUCUUCAAAGAUCUCUUGCCAGAUAUGGUGGAAUCUCGAGCCGAAACAUGCCAAGCUGGGGGUAUAAGUAAAGUGGAGCAUAAUAUCUUUAUUAAAGUUAACCCCGAGUUUGUCUUUUUUAUUCCAUUCUGCAUCUAAGACCUUAUCUCUAUAGGGUGUGGGUGUGGGUGUGGGGUGGGUGUGUGGGUGUAGGUGUGGGUGUGGGUGUGGGUGUGGGUGUGGGUGUGGGUGUGGGUGUGGGUAUGGGUGUGGGUGUGGGUGUGGGUGUCGGUGUGGGUGUCGGUGUGGGUGUGAGUGGGUUACCGGAUCUUCACCAAUAAAACUUUCGCCAAAUAGCACUUUCGUCAAUGACGAAAGUCCAGGGAUAUAUUGGCAAGAAUCUACUGUACUUUCGCCGAUUGUCGAAAUUCCAGAGGGCGUAUUAGCGAAAGUACAGUGGACUUCCGCCAACUGCCACAAAACAAUAUUAACAUAGAAUAUAUGUGAGUUUAAUUCACAAUACAAUUGGCGAAAUUCCACGAGAGAUGUUGGCGAAAGUACAGUGAACUUUCGCCAAUUGGCGAUAUUCCAGUGUGUCUAUUGGCGAAAGUAUAGUGGAGUUUCGCCAUUGGCGAAAGUUUUAUUGGCGAAGGUCCGGAAUCCCGUGCGAGUGUGGGUGGGGGUGGG